AUGUAUAUAGAUGCCAUUUGUGAAUAUAAAGAUCUAAAGUCCAAAUUAGCCUCACUCAGUCGCAAAUCAACAAAUCCUAGCAAACUUGAAGAAGGCAAUCUUUCAUCAGAAGACUUUAACCUUGAUGAAUUUUUGCAUUGUAUUUCCAACGAGUCAGCCAGGAUUGGCCAUACCAAGAAACAUAUUGGCGUUAUCUGGAGAGAUAUUACUGUAAAAGGUAUCGCCGCCGAAGCUCACACUAUAUCCACUGUCGCAAGUCUUCCAAUAGCUAUUUUCAAAAUGAUGAAGCUUUUGAUAAAAAAACAAGACGUUCCCCAAAAGGUCAUUCUUCACAACAAUACUGGGUUCUGUAAAGAUGGUCAGAUGCUGCUUGUUCUUGGCCGUCCUGGUGCUGGGUGCACCACUCUUCUCAAAAUUAUCUCUAAUAUGCGUGGAUCCUACACAAGCAUUGAUGGUGAUGUAUCAUAUGGAGGUAUUGACCCUGCGACAUUUGCAACACAUUAUCACGGCCAAGUGUGCUACAACGAAGAAGAAGAUCAGCACUACCCCACCCUAACUGCCAAACAGACACUUCAAUUUGCUUUACGAACAAAGACUCCUGGAUCCCGGCUUCCUGACGAAACUAGACGCGACUUUGUGAACCGUGUUCUUUAUAUGCUCGGGAACAUGCUCGGUCUGACCAAGCAAAUGGAUACCAUGGUCGGCAAUGCCUUUGUCCGUGGUCUUUCCGGAGGUGAGCGCAAACGCCUCUCUAUUGCAGAACAAAUGACAACAUCUAGUUCUAUCAACUGCUGGGAUUGCUCUACUCGUGGUCUCGAUGCCGCAUCUGCCCUUGAUUUCGUUCGUUCCCUUCGUAUCAUGACAGAUGUUCUCCACAAAACUACCGUUGCAACUCUUUACCAGGCUUCAAAUAGCAUCUUUAAUCUCUUUGACAACAUCAUUCUUCUUGAUGAGGGCUAUUGUCUUUAUUUUGGACCUGUCGAACAGGCCAAGCCAUACUUUGAACAAAUGGGUUUCUUCUGCCCCGCUCGUAAAUCUACCCCUGAUUUCUUGACCGGUAUAUGUAAUCCAUUGGAGAGAGAGAUCCAACCUGGAUACGAAAAUAGAGUCCCACAGUUUGCACAUGAGUUUCAAAAGAUUUACAUGGAUUCCCACAUUUAUAAAUCAAUGAUGGUCGAUCUGGAUGAAUACGAAAGCAAAUUUAGAGCUGAUAACCAAGCCGACGUCUUCAAGCAGGCAAUGGAUGAAGAACAUCAGAAACGCGCCCCAACAACGAGUCCUUUCAUCGCCUCAUUUUAUCAGCAAGUUAGAGCUCUAUUAAUUCGGCAAUAUCAUUUAGUAAUCAAGGAUAAGAGUGCACUAUUUUCUCGUUAUGCCACCAUCAUUCUCCAAUCACUUGUCACAUCGUCUUGCUUCUACAAUCUACCUUUGAACGGGACUGGCGCCUUUACUCGCUGUGGUGCAAUUUUCUUUGCUGUGAUGUUCAACGCUUUUGUAUGUCAAAGUGAGCUUGUUCAGUUCCUUAUGGGCCGUCCUGUUCUAAAGAAGCAUAAACAAUAUGCUCUAUAUCGGCCUUCUGCAUUCUAUAUAGCUCAGGUUAUUAUCGACAUUCCAUAUGCACUUGUCCAAGUUUUUCUGUACACUGUUUGCUCUUACUUUAUGUCCGGCUUUAAUCUGACAGCCGGCAAAUUUUUCACCUUCUGUAUUAUAUUAUUCUUCAUUAACAUGACCAUGAACGGUUUCUUCCGUAUAUUUGGCGCCAUCACCAGUAAUUUCUUUCUUGCGACUCAAUUAUCUAGCCUUACGCUCGUUGGCUUUAUUGCAUACCUCGGAUUCACCAUUCCAUACUCUAAAAUGCACCCUUGGCUUUACUGGAUCUACUGGGCUAAUCCACUGACGUAUGGAUACAAGGCUCUCUUGGUUAAUGAAAUGAACGGCCAAAAGUAUUCAUGCGAUGGCCCUGGAAAUGCUGUUCCUUUUGGUCUGGGAUAUACAGACUGGGACUACAAGAUCUGUACAAUGCUUGGUGGUGUCCCUGGCGAAAACUUUGUCAAGGGUGAAUCCUACCUUCUCAAAGCAUUGGAUUACAAGCCUUGGGAAGCAUGGGCGCCUGAUUUUAUUGCCGUUGUUGGCUUUUUCAUUUUAUUUACUGUCGCUUGUGCCCUUUCUAUGGAAUACCUUGACUCUGAUAACGGUGGAAAUACCACCAAGUUUUACCUCCCUGGAAAAGCCCCUAAGCAUCGCAACGAUCAGGAAGAGAAUGAACGGCGCAAGCGUCUUGCCAAGAUUACUGAAGAAAUGGAUAGUAUCUCUACCGGUACUACCUUCUCAUGGCAGAAUGUUAACUACACCGUUCCUGUCAAGGGUGGCAACCUUCAGCUCCUCACUGGAAUAAAUGGUAUUGUCAAGCCCGGCCAUCUUACGGCUCUCAUGGGUUCUUCUGGCGCUGGAAAGACGACCUUAUUGGAUGUUCUUGCUCGCCGUAAAACAGCUGGUGUUGUCGAAGGAGAGGUUUUCCUUAAUGGCGAGGCUCUUAUGAAUGAUUUUGAACGUAUCACUGGCUAUUGUGAACAGAUGGAUGUCCAUCAGCCGGCUGUCACGGUCCGUGAAGCUCUUCGUUUUUCUGCUUAUCUUCGCCAGGAUGAAUCCGUUCCGAAGGCCGAGAAGGAUGCAUAUGUUGAGAAGAUCAUCCAAUUGCUUGAGAUGGAAGAUAUCUCUGAUGCUCAGAUUGGCAUGGUCGAGGAAGGAGUCGGAAUUUCUAUCGAAGAACGCAAACGCCUGACCAUUGGUAUGGAACUAGUCGGUAAACCCCAAUUACUGUUCUUGGAUGAACCCACUUCUGGCCUUGACGCCCAAAGUUGUUUCAAUAUUAUCCGUUUCAUUCGCAAGCUCGCUGAUGCCGGUUGGCCUGUCCUCUGUACAAUUCACCAACCGUCUGCCAUUCUCUUUAGUCACUUUGAUCACCUCCUACUACUUGUUCGUGGUGGCAAGACCGCUUAUUAUGGUGAGAUUGGUCCCGACGCUCGUACAAUGAUAGACUAUUUUCAAUCGAAUGGUGGUCCCGUAUGUCCCCCCGAGGCCAAUCCUGCAGAAUACAUUCUCGAGGUUGUUGGUGCAGGCACUGCUGGAAAGGCUUCCCGUGAUUGGUCUGAGGUUUGGGCCGGAUCUGAGAAAUCCAAGGAACUCGAUGCUGAACUUGCAGAUAUCAAUAGAACUGCCAAUAAGAAGCCUGCCCGCAAAGCUCAUACUUACGCUACCUCCUUCUGGACUCAAUUCAAGCUGGUUGUCAAUAGAUCCUUCUUAACAUAUUGGCGCUCACCUGAUUAUAACGUUGGCCGUUUCCUGAACCUUUCAAUGUCUUCUCUUACCUGUGGAUUCACGUACUGGAAACUAGGAACGUCUUCUUCGGAUAUACAGAACAAGCUCUUUGCUUUGUUUAGCACCUUUAUAAUGGCCAUGACCCUCGUUAUCCUUGCCCAGCCCAAGUUCAUGAAUGAGAGACUAUUCUUCCGCCGGGAACACGCGUCCCGUUACUAUAGUUGGAUUCCAUGGGGUAUAUCAACCGUUCUUGUUGAGAUCCCGUAUGUUCUUGUAUACUCUGCUGCAAUUGUCUUUUGUUUUUAUUGGACUACUGGUAUGAGUAAUUCGACUGAAUCCGGAGGAUACUUUUAUGUAAUGAUUACAUUGCUUAUCAUAUGGGCUGUAACUCUCGGGUUUAUCAUUGCCGCGGUUUCCGAGCUUCCCACAGUUGCUGCAGUGUUAAAUCCCCUGGUGGUUGCUAUGCUUAUUCUUUUUUGCGGUCUACUGCAGCCCCCGUCUUAUAUGCCCACAUUUUGGAGAAAAUGGAUGUACUGGCUCGAUCCCUUUCAUUACUAUAUCGAAGGCCUGACAGUCAAUGAACUCGAGUACCUUACGGUUGUGUGUGCAGAAGAAGAUCUCCUCAGGUUCUCUCCUCCUCCUGGUAGAACCUGUGGACAAUACAUGGCCAACUAUUUUUCGUUUGGGGGCCCUGGAUACAUCUCUAACCCUGACGCUGCACAGCCUGAGCAAUGUGGCUACUGUAAUUACAAGUCUGGUGUUGAAUAUUAUACUCUUAUCUAUGGCUGGAGUGCUAGCAACAAGUGGCGCAACGUUGGUAUUAUUGCCUGCUACGUUGCCUUUAAUGUUAUUGUAUUUCUUGGUUUGGUUUAUUGGAAUAGAAGGGGUAGAAGAUGA